UUCCUAAACUGCCACACUUGCAAGCUUUUGUCUGUGCCUCACGCCUCGCUGUCAAGCACGGGCCUCGCGCUGCUUUGCUGUUAGAUUUGCAUGGAGUCUAUUUUCGUCACGAAACUCAAAUAACCCAGUGAGUGCGUCUGUCCUGACUUUGCACAGGUGAUCUCCACUCAGAAGAGCUGCAGGUCACGCAGAUGCAGCUUCCCGGACUAACGUCACUGUGAAUACCCUGCGUGAAGUGGAAGGAAUGGGAAGAAGAGUGACACACGAGGUAGCGAAGGAAAAGGAGGACAAGGAUGUGCAAGAUGGCAUUCAAGACAGCCGUGAAGACCGUCACUCCUUGGAGGUGGACGGUGACGCAAGGCUAGCCGGAAUCACCACAUUUGAAGAAAUGAUGAGAAUGGCUGGAACACGAGGACCGUGGAAUAUUGCUAUCAUUAUCAUAUGUACUCUGGGAAAUAUUGCUGCCCCAACAAAUACCAUGACGUACCACUUCCUGGGUGCCACUCCUGACCAUUGGUGCUCAGUACAGCCACUCAUCGAUGCCAAUUGGACUACCGAACAAAUAAUCUCUCUUGCAAUCCCCACAAACAAUGCCACAGGAAAGUAUGAAGAGUGUCUUAUGAGGGACUAUGACUACCGUGGCGCAGCUGCACUGGGCUAUGAGACUACUUUGGUUAACCUGUCUGAGGCAGUGAUGGACACACAGGCUCUCAUCGCUUGCCCCUCCCGAACCUUUAAUCAUAGUCAGCACGCGGUAACCACCGUCACUGAGUGGGACCUGGUGUGUGACCGACGGUACCUGUAUUCCACGACGCAGACGGCGACCUUCCUCGGUCAUUUCAUAGGAUAUUUGUUUUCGGGACAUCUUUAUAAUGUGACUGGGCGGCGUCGUGGUGUGCUCAUCUCGUGUAUAGUGAACAUCAUUUCUAACUUCCUUGCUGCCGCUGCUCCUGAUGUUUACACCUAUAUAGUGUUGAGAGUAAUAAUACAAAUUACUCAAGCAAUGUGCUACAUCGGCUGCUUUAUAAUAGCCAUGGAAAUCUGCGAUGAGUCACAGAGGAAUGGCGUAGGUUCCCUAUUUCCACUACCGUGGGCAUUUGGCUGUAUGGUGGUACCAGGCAUCGCUUACUUGGUCAAACCUUGGAGGUGGCAGCAAGUCUCAUACUCUUUUCUUAGUUUGAUUACUCUCUUAUGCUGGUGAGUUCAGGCUCCAUUGUAGGGGAAACCAGGGCAAGUUGGCAACAGGGGUAAGUUGGCACAUUUAAAAUAAUUCCACUAUUUACCGCUUGAUAGCGUUGCUACUCACACCAGAUAAUCACCUCGUGGAGCCUCACUCAUCAACAUGAAGCCACGUUAGAAGGUUGUAUGACUUGGUUUGAGUGAGGAUAACUUUAAUUUUGAUGCUAUUUAACAAAAUUUUCACUCACUUAUAUUGUUGUAAGAUGCAUCUGGUUACAGAUGGUCAUAUUCAUUUUAGUCAUUAUUUUUCUUCAAGGACUGGUUACCCUUGAAAGAGAUCAUAAUAGGUUUCUUAAUAUAUACAAAAAUUAUUUGUUUAGAUUAGUGGUAUGGAUGAGGCAAGUUGGAACGAAGAAAAUGGGGGAAAUUAUCACAGCACCAACAAAAUAUGAAUAACAUUGGCCUAUUUAUUACCUAUC